AUGCAGGCGGCUGCCCCUUUCUUGUCGGGUCUCUUUAGCGGGGGCUCCAACAACAGCACAAACGGCAACAACACAACUACCGCAGGUAGAGACAGAGAGAGCAGAGAGGACAAGGACACUACCGCCAGCAGCAGUACCGUCAGCACCGUCAGCACUUGCCCCAGUACCAGCACUAAGAGCACGCACGAGAGCGCCCCAUCGAGCAUUCCGUCGUCGCCCACGUCCAGAUCGCCUGUGCGGUCGCGACCUCCGACAAGCUCGGACCAGGACAACUUCUCCCACCUCAACCGCAUCGCCAGCACAACCACAACAAACACCGUCCUGACUAGCCCUCCCGGGCGCCCACUCAAUCCUCUCAGCGCCCUCAGUUCGUUGACCAGCCUUAUCUCUCGUGACCGAGAAAGAGACAAAGACCGCAAGACUUUCAACCGCAAACCCUCGCUGCACUUUACCCGCCGCAGAGCCAGCUCGCGCUCCUCAUCCCCAUCGAGCCCCGUCACCCAGGCACCUGGACAACCGCCCCUCCCUUCGAUUCAGCUCGCCGGAGACGGCCAGACUACCUCGGUCUCUGGCCCCGAGUCGAUCCAGCAGCAGCAAGGAGGCACUGCCCCAGCCGAGGGCCUCUCCAAGAUGCUUAGCCGCGGCGCGGUCACUCCCAUCUCGGGGUACCCCAUCCAGGGGCCUGCGACAGCAAUGCUUAUGAGCAGUGCUACUGCGCAGCAGAAUGAACUCGCUGUGCUGCAUCAGCAUAUUCAGGAGACGGUGAACAAGAGGAUAUCGACAUUGGAUUACCUGCGCAAGGCUCACGAAGGCCACAUCUACUGGUUCAACACGCUCCUGUUCGACAAGCCUGACCUUCAACGCAUGCCCUACUUCGACAGCCGCAAACUGGCACGCCGCGCAACCAAUUACCUCUUGCUUGGCAUCUCCCUGCCUGCCGUCAUCGACCUCAACUCCAACCAUCCCGUCGAUUUCCUGCGCAGCCUGAACCAUCUCCUAACCGAAUUUGACUCCUUCCAACAAAACCACUCAGAAACAGGCCAACCCCCCUCCACCCUCGCUCGUGCCCGUCUCCCGCAAAUGUUUCGCCGCGCCGCUGCCCCCGUCUCAAAAGGUCGCCGCAGUAGUUCUGCCGCCGGCCGCGAUACGGGAGAUUCCCUUUCCGGAGGCAUGUCUGCCCUAGAACUAGUCGACUCCAACACGGGUACGGUCGCCUCCGGCACAAGCGCAUCCGCAACCAGCUCAGCAACCGGCACAGCCCCUGGCUCCGCUGGCCCAACCGCCGAAACAGCCGGCGUCAUGGCCUUCUCUUCCCCGGCAGCCCACGACUCGCUAGACCUCCUCCCCGGCGAGGAGUACACUCACCUUUUGACGCCGACACUGCCCUUCGACCCUGACUUUUUCGAGACCUUUGCUACGCUGUGCGACGUGCUGAUUGAUACGUACAAUCGGCUACUGGCGCUGGUGCCGACGCCGCAGGCGUGUAGUGGGCCCGUGGGGGAGCUGUUUGCCAAGGCCGAUUCGAAGGUUAGGAAGUUGCUUGUGCAGGGGGUUAUUAAGGAGUUCGAGGAGACAAGUCGGGCGGGAGCCAGGGCAGAGGUUGCGGGGAUUGGGAGGGUUGUUUUGAGUGGGUUGAUGUGA